CCUUCAUUCAGGAAAUGCCGGAAGCAAUUCAACCUCACUGUGACGCACAGAUAUAUUGUUUACGGAGAGUUAGCAUCCGCGACAGGUGCAAUUGUUAAUACUUGUACCUUUUAUACCCCUCACGCGACCACUGUUUCCUCUGGAAUGCUCAAAAUUCCGUGUCACUAAACAAUCCGCAGAUUCAAUUGUUCCCUUGGAACAUAUCGAUUUCGGUUGACUGAAAGUAGCCCAUAUUGGCCAGAAAGCCGCGUGAGAGCAUAUCCAAAACCCACACCAAUCACUACAGAGUCUUCGUAGAACGAUCAUGUCUUCAGCUAAGAAAGUCCGCACCCAACCUCCCUACGAGCUCCUCUACUGGCCCGUCAUCCCUGGCCGCGGCGAGUUUAUCCGCCUGGUCUUCGAGGCGACCGGAACCUCCUACAAAGACAUAUCCAACGAAUCCAAGGACGGCAUCAACGCCGUGCUCGCCUGCAAAGACGACAAACUAACGGUCGACGACGACGGCAACCCGCCGGCCUUCGCACCACCUGCUCUCCGUGUUCCAGGCGAGGGCAAGGACGGGAAAUCGCUCGUUCUUUACCAAACCCCAGCCAUUCUGUCCUACUUGGGAGAUAAGCUAGAUCUGGCUGGAGAAGACGAGGCGGAGAAGCAUUGGGUACUGAGCCAUGCGCUGACGGCUCUCGAUCUCAACAAUGAGACCCACGACACGCACCACCCUAUCUCUGUCGGUGCCUACUACGAGGAUCAGAAGGACGAGGCUCUGAAGAGGGCGACUGACUUCAGAGAGAACCGUAUACCCAAGUUCUUUGGCUACUUCGAGCGUGUGCUCAAGGGCAACGAACCCCAGGGAGAGGGGAAGCACUUGGUUGGAAAGAAACUCUCAUACGCUGAUACAACACUCUGGCAUGUGCUCAAUGGGCUCAAGUUUGCGUUUCCGAAAGAGGUGGAGGCGAGAGAGAAGGACUAUCCCUUGCUAUUUGAGUCGUUCUACACGAGCGUGCAAGAGCGGAGUGGACUGAAGGAAUAUCUUGCCAGCGACAGGCGACAACCAUAUAGCAAUGGCGUCUUCAGGCACUACCCAGAGCUAGACAGACAGUAGAUAAAUCAGGCAACCGUUGGGAGACGUCAGUAUGAUGCACGAGAAAAAGUUCAAGCAAUUUGAAAAAGGCCAUCACAUCAAAAUGAAAAUCAAUUGGUAUCAUACGCCCAA